CUUUUGUCAUCUUCCCUCUGUGCUCUAAUCGUCCAUUCUCAGUUUCUGACCGUGGUAUACCUGGGUCGAUUUUUCUCAUAUGAGCAAUGUCCAGCUUCAUCUUUUGUCGGGUGGUCUCUCUGGAUUUGCGUCCACGAUAUGUCUUCAACCCUUUGAUCUCAUCAAAACACGCCUGCAGCAGGGUGACGGAGCAAUAAGAUACCGACACACGUCGGUCAUUUUACAGACAACGAAAGAAGUUAUCUCCACUCAUGGUGUGCAGGGACUGUGGAGAGGUACAUCUGCGACCCUUUUAAGAAAUGUUCCGGGCGUAGCCCUCUACAUGACCAGCUUGACACAACUCAGGAUAUUUAUGGCAACUUCUCCCUAUUUUUCCCGUAUUCGUACGCCCUCGGAUGAUCGUUCAAAGAACACAUCGGUGCUCCCCAAACUCAGUAGCCAAGGAAAUUUGAUAGCAGGCGCUACUGCGCGAGUGGGAAUCGGGUUCAUUCUAAACCCGUUUUCUGUAUUGAAAGCUCGGUUCGAGAGCAAUAUCUACGCGUACGAGAGUGUUGCGCAGGCUUUGACCUCCAUCAUCCGGCAAGGUCCUUCUGAGUUGUUCCGAGGAUUUUUCGCGUCGUCACUACGAGACGCUCCUUAUGCCGGCCUAUUCGUGGUCUUCUACGAGGGAAUCAAACGGGAGGCCUCUUUGGUCGCACCUCCAACAUCAAGCAGCCAGUCCGCUGCCAUACACAGCGCUUCUGCCGCAUUAGCAGGAGGUAUGUCAACUUUGUUGACCCAUCCUUUCGACGUGAUUAAGACGAAAAUACAAGUGCGUUCCGAGGACAGGUACCAUGGAUUUACGAGGACAGUUGGGACGAUCUGGAAGCAACGUGGUGUCUCGGGCUAUUUUGAUGGCGCCUCUUUGCGUCUCACCCGAAAAGUCCUUAGUUCUGCAAUAGCCUGGGCUGUGUAUGAAGGUGUCCUGUUAUUCAUGCGGACUUAGACCUCAUUCGUCUCACAAUGAUUUGCAUAAGAUAGCCUAACUAAAUUCAAGUCAUAAUAUUGAUACCUCACUCACUUUUCUUUGGCGCCGUCUCGACCAAUAUGAACUCCUUGACGAAAGUUGUGGUGUACACAAGCACCUACAAAUUCGAUCG